CUCACCGGGUCACCGAGCUGCUCCCCACGAAGGCAAAAUCCACCCGAAGUGAGACCUGCACCCUGCCAUUUCUGGAGGGCGCAGUAAGGGAAUGAUGCCGUCCCCAGCUCAGCGGCAGCGGGGAUGGCAUUUGGCAUUACCGGGCUGUGCUGGAUGGCAGGGGAGGUCAGGCCAAGCACCUGCAUCGGGCACCCUGGGGAUCCGAGGGUUAUGCUGGUGAGAAGUAAGAGGGUUAUUUACUGGAAAACAUCCUAAAGGGGACGUGGUGGCUGUCCCUCGCUGGGGUUCAGAGGGCAGCCUGUGCAGGCAUCUGCCCAACAUGCUGCCCACUGCACUGCUGCUCCUGCCCUGGGAGGCUCCAGCUGUGCUGGCCACCACCAGCCUCAGCACCUCGAAGCAUCAAUCCCAUCACUGCAUCCACAGUAAAACCAUUUGUGCAUCGGGGUUGCACCCCAGCACCACUGGCCUCACAGCCUCUCUCCCCGGCUGCUUUCGGUGCCGGCGGUGUUACCACGGCGGGCGUUGCUGUGAGCGGCACUGGGUGCGGUGUUGCAAUGGAUGCAAAUCUUGCUGCCAGCUGCCUUCCCCCCACCCUGCACCGGGGAUGCUUCCUCCUCCCCAGCUCAGUGCUGGGCCACUGCCAGCAAGCUGCGGCACCACAGUAGAGCAUGCCGGUGACCCGUCUGGCUUGCAGGUUGCUUGCCGGAGAUUUGCAGCCGCGGGCUGGGAUGGCAGUAAGGUCCGAGUCCCUGUUGGAGGGGGAGAAGGCAAGAAGCCUUGCCCCCUGCGGUUUUACCACCUUAAUGGUAAAAUGGACGCAAAGGGCAUCUUGCACUCUGGUCGCUGCGGUGCGAGCCCUCCUCCUCACCCUGCCACCAGCACAGCUGCUUUGUCCUUCCAGGGUGGGGCUUUGCCACUGCGAUGGCUUUGGUGGGGCUUGGCUGCUGGGCAUGGGGGGGGAAGCCACCAGGACCUCAUCUUUGACCUGUGGCCGGUGUGUGGGAAAGGGCCAAGGUCCGGGGGACAUGGGUGGGGCCUCUAGAGAGCUGCCCAGGUCCUCGGUGCCUUUUGCAGGAGAGCAGCAUGGCGAUGCCCACCCGGCUGCUCAUUGCCCUCAUCCUCUGCCUUGCCACCUGUGUCCUGCGGGCUCAAGGUAGGGACAUCUCCCAUCCCGGCAUUGGGCUGGGUGCUUUUGGGGCUCCCUGGGCUGGGUUGGGAUGGGGAGCAGGGCAGGGUGCCGUACACCGAGGCUCAGCUCCUGAAAUGGCUCUGUCAGACCUGAAGAGCAACAUGGACAGCCUGGAGAAGGAGCUGCAGCAGGGCUGCGGCAGUGCCCACCACGCCAGGGAGAGGUUAAACCAGCUGGAGGAGCAGCUGGCCCGCCAGGAGAAAUACAACUUCACGGGUGGCAAGAUCGAGACCUACGUGUUCAAGUUCAUAACUGAGCACUUCAGAGGCUUAAACCUCAGCAGCAGGAUGGAUGUGAAGCGAGGCGGCGGCGGGAGGCUCAGACAUGCCAUGAACUUCCCGGUGGAGCUCAUGGAGGGCAUCAAGGCGCGGGGAGUGGAGCAGAAGCUUGUCUGCAUCUACAUCCACAGCCCCUGCAUCUUCCAGGAUGUCCACAACAACUCCGUGCUGAAUGACGACGUGCUGGGAGCCUUCCUGCGGAGCGGGCACGUGGCCGGGCUCAGCCGCCCCGUGGAGAUCCAGUUCUGGCACGACAUGGUGCUGGAUGCCUCCAAUGCCACCUGCGUCUUCUGGCAGCCCGGAGCCGGUGUGGGCAGCACAGGCAGCUGGAGCAGGGAGGGCUGCGAGACCAUGCACAGGGAGGGCACCGUUAUCUGCCACUGCAACCACCUCACCUACUUCGCCGUCCUGCUGGUCCCUGCGGGCACCCUGAGCCCGGCCCAGCUGGCAUCGCUCACCCACAUCAGCACCAUCGGCUGCUCCCUCUCUGCUGCCGCCACCCUCUGCACCCUCCUGCUCUGCUGCUUCUCCAGGCAGCGGCUGAGGGACAGCACGACCAAGAUCCACAUGCACCUCCUGGCUGCGCUGCUCCUGCUCAACUGCAGCUUCCUGCUGAGCACGCCGCUGGCCACCGGCCCCGAGGGGCUCUGCCGGGCCACUGCUGCCCUGCUGCACGCCAGCCUUCUCUGCACCCUGGCAUGGAUGGCUGCUGAGGCUUUCCACCUCAUUCUUCUCCUUGUCAAGGUCUACAAUGUCUACAUCCAGCACUACCUCCUCAAGCUCUGCCUCUUCGCUUGGGGUUUGCCCACGCUGGCCGUGGUGGCUGUUUUUGUCUUCAAGAGAGAUACGUAUGGGUACCACACCAUCCACACCUCUGAAGGCUACAGCAACGCGACUAUGUGCUGGCUCACCAGCCCUCCAGCCUAUUCUGCCACCCUCUGCUACGCCGGACUCAUCCUGCUCUUCAACAUGCUGGUGCUGGGGAGGGUGGUAAUGAUACUGCGGAGUAUCCGGCGGCAGAAGGGGCAGGCAAGGAAGGACUGGGCAACGGUGCUGGGGCUCACCUGCCUGCUGGGCACCACCUGGGGCCUGGCCUUCUUCAGCUUCGGCAUCUUCCUCGUCCCCCAGCUCUACCUCUUCACCAUCCUCAACUCUCUGCAAGGUCUCUCUGUCUGCCUCUGGUACAUCACCGUGCACCGCCGGAGCAAGCUGGGCCCUGUCAGCAGCACCUCCAGAUACCCCGACGCCAGGGUGAAGGGCUGCGAGGGGAGCUCAGGAGCUGCUCCCUGAGGAUGCGGCAUGGCGGCAUCCCCCGGGCUCGACAGCCGGUGCUGUGAUGCCACUGGUUUCUUCAGGGGAAGCAUUUGGGCUGCAAAGCUGGAUUUCUGGGUGGCGGGAGCUGCCUGCUGCUGGAGGGCUGUGGCUCGGGGCACCGUGCUUCCCUGGGAACCAUGGCUGCACCCGUGCCAGCCCCUGGCAGCCCUGCUGCCUCGCAGCCCCUCCAUUAGUAACCAACACUGACUUCUGCUGAAGGCAGACACUUCUCAUUAAAAGCACCCUUGAAUUGCUGAUGCAGGUCUCCUCCACCGCUGGAGGAGCAGCGCAGAUGUGGCUGGGGUCCCACAGCCGGCCGCUGCCACCCCAUCACCCCGACCCCAUGGCGGGCAGA